AUGGUCCUCAGCCAAAAUCUGAUUGUAGGAUCUCCCUGUGCCAAGCAGCGACAACGACUCAUUCAGGAGUUUCUCGAGAUGGAAGAGGUUCCUGAAAGCUGGGAAAUUUUUGAAGAUCCCCCUCCACGUCUACCAACCGAUGAAGAAAUUGAUGUCAUUCUUCGGCCCUGGCGGUCUGAUAAUAACAUUCGUUGGAAAGCAAGAUGGAUACUCCGUGACAAAUACCCUGUUAUUCUUCGCACAUAUUACAAUUCAGAAGAUGAUGCCGAUGUCAGAAUAAAUGAAUGGACUAAAGGUGACGAUAUGUUCCAAGAGAUGGCUGGUCCUAUGCAUCCCUGGAAACGGUCUGUUUCAGAGGACAAGAUUGUCUACUUUAGAGAAAAGUUUAAGGAAUUCCUGUCUUCAUGGAAGCAGGAGGAGCCGAAUAUGUGGAAGGAGGAUCAAGAGAGGUUUAUCGAGGAUACUGCGCUUGGUCUACAGACAUGCUUUAUUCAGUCGAUGCUUCUUAUAAUGGAUAGAGAGGCAUUUGAAACUAAUAAGCCCCGGUUACUUUUCUUGGAUGGCUAUCGGAAAAUUAUUCGCGAAGGCCGUCUUGAUCUAAAUGAGCAGCGUAUUUCUGAAAUAGCUGUAUGCUAUGAGCGUAAUAUUGAAAUUCCGGAGGAGGUCGUUGUUGGGGAGAAGUAUAAAAUAUAUGGAGAGAUAGGGAAGGGUUUGUAUCGGUUAACUAAUGAGGAUUUUGCGGAUCCUUAA